CUCUAGGCUCUCCCAACGUCUAGGAAAGCAGCAAGCUGGGAAGUACGUCGCCCAUGCGUUAGUACAUGGGACCGCUGGCAGACAAGGAGGAUAGUCGGUUUCAGAACCAGCAUCCCGACUGAGAUAUUUACCGAUUUGACAUUCCUGCGCCACACUUCGACACACCACCGGGACUGGGAAAACCGUCCGGACAGCCUGAGGUCUGGCAGACAGCCGAGAGGCAAGCCCCGAAGUUUUGCGUGCUUCGUCCACAUCAACUUUAUCCUCAUGGAAACGUAGACUUAACCUACAUAUGGAUGGUUUGGGGGUAGUUACAUGGAGUCUGAGUUGGCACUUGGAGCAGUUUUCGAAAAGAUAAAGGCGGGAAACACAGUCGAAAAACUUUCCCUUAUUCGCGGAGGAGGAGGAGAAGAAGAAGACGGUGGGUGGGUCGGGCUGUGGUAAAGUCAUCUUUACGCACGUUCUUUGCCGGAGACAUUGCGCAAUCCGAGAUGCGCCUAUACACUUCGUGCGGAUGGGACCGCGGAGAAAUGCGAGGGAGGACACACAUGUCCGGAAUGCUGCGCUUUCUUUUCCUGCUCGCGGCUCUGCUGUCCUGUCACGGCUGUCCGGACCAAUGCUUUUGUUUCUCACAAACUGUGAAAUGCCAAAACCGGGGCCUGGACGCGAUUCCGCAUCCUCUACCGGCCAAUACCACAAUACUAUUGGUCACAGGUAACAACAUCUCCCGGAUCAGUGUGGACUCUUUCCCAACCCGCCUGCAGCUGUUGACAGAUCUUAACCUCAGUGGGAAUGACAUAGAGACCGUGGAUGCUAUGGUAUUUGACACGUUGCCAAAUCUCGCGCGGCUGAACCUGAGCAACAACAGAAUCCAGAAUUUCAAUGAAAGAGCUUUCCCUGUUGAUAAUAAAGUGCAACACUUGGAUCUCAGUAGGUCUUUCCACAAUCACUCCUUCAUGGAUGUGGUCCUAAGCUUUCUUCAGAGUGGAAACCUCCGCCAGCUGACAGUCUUGGACCUGUCCAACAAUGACAUGGUGAUUCUUCCGGACGACAUAUUCACCAGCUUCUCCAACCUGGUCACCCUCAGCCUGCAGAACAGCUCCAUCAUCUCCAUCCAGAACGGGACGCUGAGGGUGCCACCGCUGCUGCACCUUGACCUGAGGGACAACAGCCUGAGGUACCUGUCCACGUCCACCCUGGCAGAGUUCAGCCUCAAGCCUGCGCUCCGCAUCCAGCUGGCAUGGAACCCCUGGCGCUGCGACUGCGUCGUGGACGACAUGGUCCUCUGGCUUAGAAACUCCACUCAGGUCGUUGACGCGCAGAACCUGACCUGUAAAGACCCCGUGGCCCUGAGACGCCAGCCGCUCCUGCAAGUAGAGCUGUCCCAGCUGAAGUGUUCGGGCGACAUGAAAAGCGUCCUGGAGACUUCGUAUGUUUUCCUCGGCCUGGUGCUGGCUCUGAUUGGUGUCAUAUUCCUGCUGGUGCUCUUCCUGAACAGAAAUGGCAUCAAGCGGUGGAUUUACAACAUCCGGGACGCUUGUAGGGACCACAUGGAGGGGUACCAUUACAGGUAUGAGUUAAACUCUGACCCACGUCUGGCCAACCUGAGCAUCAAUUCGGAUGUGUGAGCGAGGACGGGACACUGUCAGGCACCCCGCAGUGAGAUAUUAAAUGACUU